CCUCUGCCCCAGUGGCCGGAUUGUCGAGAUGAAAGGAAAAACUAGUAGCAGAGCUUAUAGUUCUAGUAGAUGAAAGCCAAAUUAUUUUGAAUUCCCCAAAAAGAAGACGAGACGUAUGAUGAAGGAAGCCUCCUGAAAGAGCAUGCCUCUGCACAUGUGUCGUGCACUUGUAUUCACCACGUAAUCUUGCAAUUAUGUGAUUCAUGAAGUAAAUAAUUAUUUUGCAGCAUUUUUGGUUGUGGUUUCAUGCUCGGCAUUCUUCAACUUGAAUCUCAAUGAUCUGAAAGAGCACGCCAUAACUUUCCGAAAACGUUCGCGGACGCAAGUGGGCGCUACGGGCAGUCUUUCAUCAUCUUAAAGGGUCCCUUGGCCGCGAGGAUGGUUUUGCCGACAAUCCGAAAACGGCUCGCGGAUGCAGUGCUCCGCGGGCCGUCGCGCGCGAGAGGAGGACAAGUACGUUUUUAUGCCCUUCCUAGCAUUUUAGAAACAAUACCAUAGAUACUAUGGAGUCACUCACGAUACAACUUUUGCUUGUACCACUUCACGUCAAUCGAGUUAGUACUUUAGAACCAAUGAAUUUUUCAAUUACAACAGAUGUUUCGCUCAAAGCACUAAAAUAAAACAACCGGUUAGUUUUUACCUCUAUCUCGUAGAUGUGUCCCUUCAAGCAAUCAAUUACAGAUGUUUCGCUAUUCAGUGGUAUCUGGUGGGGUAUUCUUGUGUCUGAGCUCGACCAUAGCAGCAGCAGAGGGGCCAAAGAGUACGGAGUUAGACCGAUUGAAGGAGAGACACCGUGAAGAGCGGCAAAAUGUUGGGGAAAAAUUUCAACCGUACCAUUGUUCGCUUGUUGCAAGGACAGAGGCGUAAGUCAGAUUUGUGUGCGUCUGCAUGUCUUGUGUAGGAAGGACUCAUGCUUUUACAAACACUAGUCGAUCCUUUGCUUUGCUUUUCUUGAUGCAACUAGACCGUAGUAGAGAUAUCUUCCUUCAAAUCAGGUCUUGCCUUGCCUUGCUCUACCGCUUCUUAUCUCUCUCGUGGAUAUUUUUUCCUUGCUUAAUGUGGGCGCCCUGGUGCCUCCUGGUAUCCCCAUGGCUCAAUGCUUCAAGAAGUGUCGCUGACAGCGAGGAUCAUAGAGAGGCAGAGACUUCUUAUGGCUUUUCUGAAGAAGAAGUCUACACGAUGACUAAGAAGGAUUGUUAAAGCAUUCAUCUUCUUGUAUUAAACGUGAAGCAGGACGAACGAGAUUACGAGUCUGUUGCACCACUGAAACUUUUCCUACCUGCUUGUUUGGAUCCAGAAGAUCCAGGUAGUGCAAAUGUGAAACCUGUCCUACCUAAAAAUCGACGUCUAUAACUCUAGGAGAAAUCUUCAGCUAUGGUGGUUUCAACGGUUGCGGGUGUGUUUGGAGCGUGCAGGGCCGGUCUUUAUCAAGUGGGGACAGUGGAGUAGUACAUUACGGCUCUAACCCUAACCCUAACCUAGGUAGAUAAACCCUAUAACCCUAGAGAAGAAGAUAUGAUUAGCGGGGACAGUGGAGUAGUAUGUGAAGGCUAUAGACCGAGAUUCAAGUAGUGUGUUGAGGACAAUUGAGUAGAAGCGAGUACGUUUUCAAAGCUGUAAGAGAUUUAAGUGGCAGGAACAAUGGUAACUUCCCGAACUUUACACUCUAAGAAACCGGUACGAUUUGUUCCCUUUCCCGUUGUGUGAGGAGCUGCACAAGCUCACCCAGAACGCGCCGUCUCACAGUGCGGAAGAGACUAAUGCGAUACUCGAGAAAAACUUUGGAUCGGAGAUUCAUAGGUAAAAGUCAUAAGCUGUAAAUGCCCACUACUGAGUAUGGUAUAUUUAAGUCAAAGUAUUGGGACUACUUAUGUCACACAAUCGAUGCAUGCAUGCCUGCUACAGAUCUAAGGGUGAUUUUUCUUGGUUCGAAAGAACUCGGAAAUUUUUUCCACAUUCCAUGGAUUUGACCCAAAUCACGACAACAGUUUGUUGCAACUUGAGGCAGCCCCACUGGCGUCAGGAAGCAUAGGGCAAGUUUACCGUGCUCAACUUCGUGACGUUGGCGAGGUCGUCGUGAAAGUGCAACAUCCCAAGCUGGAUGAGGUGAUGGCUACCGACUUUCGUCUUCUAUUAUGGGAAUAAUGUUUGACUUUGCUUGGCGAGGGUUGUAGCACCUUUAGUUCUCUACCAUUUCUUGUUGAAGUUGAUGAUGUGGUGGUGAUAUCUUUGGGUCAUUUGCGUGUGUAGGGUUGCGGUAAUUUGGAGCCAGCCUAUAAGUAAUGAGACUAUAAGUAAUAUCUUGGUAUGUUGAAAAGUGAAGAAGAAGAAGCAGAUCUUCCAGUGACUUGUUUUUUCUAACCGCAUCCGUUCUUUCACGAGCGACGGACGGAGUGCUGACGCGCUUAGCCUUAUCCAGCGUUCGACUCACGCGCGUUAUGCGACAGUUCGAGACUCAUAUGAGUGAGCAAUUGGAUUUCGAGAAGGAGGGGCGAAACCUGGAGAAAUUCAACCAGAAUUUCAGAGAGUGGCCGCAUGUCAGCUUUCCGACACCUAGGUGCAGCACAAGUUAAGGCAUGAGUGGCUCCGUUGAUAAAGAAAGUGUGUAACAUGUUCUCCAAUGCUUCUAAAAAUGUGUAGCAACAGUGAUCAUGCAAGUGUCUUGAAAAAGAAGUAAUUGUCCUAAAGCAAUUGUCCUAGCAAACUGAUGAAGGUUUGCGCUUAUCUAAUCAUCGGAAGUCCUAAUCGAGUCUUUUGAACCGGGUGCGAGUAUCUACGAGUAUAUUCGCAUAAAACAACGAGGAAAAGCCAAGAGUCUGUCCGACAGAACAUCAGCAAAUACGAGCGUAUCCGACAGAGGCGCCGUCGCAACGUCUUCCACUGACGCAAAUACAAGGGUGAUGGGUCCCUGCAGUGACGUCGCAACAUCUUCAUCUAGUGGUGAUGAACACAGUACAAGUGUCGUGCGAGGUUCCACCUGUGCUGCCGAAGGUGGUCAUGCUGAAGACAAGUCGGCAGCGAAUUUUUGUACGUCGCACGCGGACCAGACGAGCAGGCUGCAGUGCGGAGGAUCUUCGAGCUCCUCUGGUCCGUUGUGUAGUGCGCGAUCAUCAGGAUCUUCACUAUCAAGAAACAAGAAUAAUAUUUGGGCAUGGCUCAUGCCAGGCCUUGCGCCCACUGCUGUGCUGGCGGAAGAGGCACCACUACAAGUUAGUACAGAAAACAUGGUACAAAAAGUUAAUGUACCUACUACAACGACAUCGGAGUUUUACAGGAGUACCCCUCUUCAUGCAGUUGUACCUCUUCACAGUUCUUUUGAAGAGAAACUUGUACAGACAACAAGUAGAAGUCCUUGUGACGGAGGUCAACCAGUGUCAUCACCAUCUACGAAACAAGGAGGAGUUGGACAAGAGCAUCAAAACACCUUUUCUGCAUGGUUGUCGGAUUGUUCCUUACCGUCGAUUCGGAUGCCUCUGCUGCGGUCUAGUCGUGCGCAGAGGCAAACAGAACCACAGCAGGCCAGCACGCCGACAACAACAUCAGAUGCAUCUGAUCAUGAAAAUAGCGUUCAUACGAAGAACGUACCUGCACUGGAUAGUCCCUCCGUGCAGAAGCUCGGCUCUCUCGGCUUGCUGGCACUGCUAAAGAUGAUCAUUAUGGCAGCUUGUGAAAAAUGAUUGUGACUUGUGAAGAGUGAGUAUCAUCUUACGGUUGUAGACCUUUAAGGUUGGGUUGUUGUUUCGUGUCUUAGUUUUAUACUUCUGUUUUGAAUUAGGUUGACCCAUCUUAUCCUCUACUACCCCAUCCUCCUCUCUGCUACCCUAUCCUCUAAUUUUCUCUGCGACAACUUUAUCCACGCAGACCUACACCCUGGUAACAUUCUAGUGAGGAAGAGUGAGCUGCCGCCACUGACGUCAAAAAAGUGGCCCUGGUGUUGGAGCCCUUACCGAUGCUGGGCAAGAGGAAAGGCGCUGGCAUAUUUAUGAAGAUAAAGUGGUAUUGCUCCUUCAUCUACUAUGAGGUUUUUCUAGUCGGAAAAUGAUGUGACCCGUUCAUGGUGUAUUUCAAAGAAAUUGUUGAAGCGCAAGUAUAUUUGUAUAACUAUAACCAAAUAAGCACUCGUACUUUAUUUUUUCCACCUAGAUUAAAGGAAGAUAACACACCAGGAAGAGCUACCUCGAGCGAGCAUUCGUCUAGAUGAAAGAAAGUAAGUAAACUGCCGCCUUGUUCUAGCAGAAAAUGUUUCGUCUUGACGGUGAUUCUGUGCAAUCACUUGAGACGUAAUGAUGAUUGUUCUAUCUGAUUUUUCAAGCCCUUUGUGGUUCUAAUUUCAAACCAUUUGUUGGGAAUAGGCGGUUACAGCGAAGUGCCAGAGCUGGUCAUUCUAGAUGCGGGUCUUUCAGUCUGCAUCGAACCGAAGAAGCAGGACUACGUCUCGGGAUUUUUUCGUGCUAUUGCAAAUUACGACGGCAAGGAACUUGCGGAGGCCAUUGUCGCGCUUUCAUGUGAGGAUGGAGAAAGUCAUGCACAGUUUGUUGAGUUACGACAUGGUGUAUAUUCCAUCUAUCUUCUAGAAGACAGACCUUCAUGAUGAAUAUUGUGUUGCGAUGACCUAGUCGUUCCAUCCUACAUGAUCAGCACUCUAUCAAACACUUUUAUUGACUCAUCACAGGAUAUACUUACAACAGAGUCAGUUCUAGAAGUUCAUUGAAAAAAGAUGAGAAACAGACCAGUUCUAAAAGUUUAACUUCAUUGAAAGACUCUGACUCAAGAUGAGCUCGCCUUCUAACCAAGGACCUCCACCAGAAAAGUAUAGAGUGGAGAGAAAUCCGACUUGAUCCUACACGCUAUCAAAAUUGUCGCGCCGGCGAUGUCAUCAAGGAAACGCUGGACUGCUGCCGCAAAAACGGUAUAGAACUGCACCCGACUGUGUUUUACGGCAUUCAUAGUUUUUCCGGCGCUAUCUUUGCAUCUUGAUAAGAUUCUAUGUGUAAGUAGUUGUAACGGUUCUUAAUUCUGUAAUUUUGUAGAGUGGAGGCUGGACAGAGUAGUUUGGACGCAAGACUGGGCAGACGAGUAUCUAAUAAGAAGAUUGGCCACGUCACUUCAUCUCUUACUACUUCAAUCUCCUACCCUCCACAGCUGAGACAGCAAGACGAGUGCGCCUUACUCUCCGACCCUCUAUUUCGCCAAGAAGACGAGUGCACCUUACUCCCCUAUCGCUAUCUUCUAUUUGGAUAGCUAUAGCUAGGAAACGGAGCCCACCACCACCACUUCCCUCUUCCCUCUCCUCUAAGUUUCAGUCGCAUCCGUGAGUGCAUUGACAUUGGAGGGUUGGCAACGGGAGUUGGAUCCAUCGAUCUGCGUGAUGGAUCAUAUUGAAGUUAUCUUGAGACGUCAAGAAAAGUUUAGACACUUUACUGGUGGCGUCCCAUUCCGAAAUUUGGCAGAAAUAACGCACGGCUGCGAUUAUGCGCAGACUGUGCUGGAGCUAGACUGCAAUUAGUCUUAACUGCAAUCAUCUAUCUAAGAUGAAUUGUGAGACUUGGUUUUCAUUUACGACAUGGUUUUACUACUCCUGUCGGCGUGGUGGUUCUACUUCUAUUUUCGAGCGGGCUUCAAUUUUCGAUGCGCCUGUACUAUUUUCGACGUGGUAUGCAUUUUCCAUCUUCGACUUUAAUGCCGUUUUCAUUUUCCAAAGUCGCAGUUCUUGUCGUUAGCACACAAAGCAGGACUCAGUCGAGUUAAAUGUAAGAUUUGUUUCCGAGGACAGAUUGGAGCUACGGCCGAGCAUCUAUGCAGAUUUCGCUAUUCAUGCACAUUUACGGAACUCACACAGAAGGACUCGUCCUGCCAUAGAGUGUUUUCCUGAACCGCGAUGCACGAAAAGAU